AUGCCUCGCGCUGGUUAUAAUAUCCUUCCUACCACAGAGCCGGCGCAAGACGUGACCCCACUUCAGACCGUUUCUCCUCCACAGAUGUCCCAGUCGAACAACGAGUGGACAGGACAUACCAUGACCAUGACGAUUUCGCUCCCUCAUAUUGCCCGCGUGCGAUUCUGGACUUUCUGGACGCUUCUGGUGUUCUCCAUGAGCAUGCUGCCGAUUGCAGCCAGUCUUGUACAGAGCCAGAUCCCUGGUGCGCAGGAUUUUGGAGUUGGCAUCGCGAGCUCCCUCAUCACCACGCUCAUUCCCGUGCUUGUCUUGGCGCGCGAGUCCAAGCACAAAGAUGCUUGGACAUCCUGGACAGCAAUCGAACUUACGUGGAUGUUUGUCUGCGCCAUCUGCUGGUCCGUUACGGGUGGCAGAUCCAUUAGCAAUGCCAUGUGGACCUGCAACGGCAUGUGCUUCAGGUGGAGCUACCAAGGAAUGGGUCGUUGCACCAACUUCUCCUAUACUAUAUGCCGCGAAUACCGCGUACUGGCUGUCUUCAGCUGGAUGAUCUUCUUCAUGCUUUCCACCCUUUUCAUCUGGGAGUUUGCUAUCGCAAUCAGUGCCCACAAGAAGGGGGAUAGGUUCAUCUGGAAGUCACCUGCCCAUGCGUACGGGAAAGGCGGAGCGAUCUACCUCGAAGCACCUAGCCCGGCGUUUGGUCACUCGGAGGCGACACUGACGAAGGGCAAGAAAGCCGAUGAAGAAGCUGUAGCGGAGCGCCCUAGGACGCCUUCGGCUCUUGAUAGUAUUUAA